UGCAGUUGACAAUUUUUUCAUCAUGAUAAGCUGUUUUAUAAAUAAAAUUAUAUAAAAUAAAUAUGACAAUGUAUUGAUAACGUGUUUAUAAUAGUUUUAUAAUUUUUUAUUAUAAAAUUAAUUAAAAUAUUUUCACUCAAAAACCUAGACAACCAGUGAAAAUAUAAAAAAAAAACAGUUUAUUUUUUUUGGCUUGUGUUGGCAGUUUGAGAGCCAUUAUAAACACAGCAAUUGUACAAAUUAAUUGUAGAUUGUUGUUGUCAUUACUAUCAUGGAAAUUGAUCAAGUUUCUGCUAAAAGAAAAAUUGAAUAUUCACAUGAUAGUGUCAAUGAAUCGUUGCUUGUUGAAAAUAUUGUUGGACGAGUUUCAAGGUCAUAUUUGCAAAAGAUUUUUUCUAGCUAUGGUUCUGUUGAGUGUAAAUUUUUAAAUAAAAAAACAUCUGGUACUUUUGCUGUUGUUGAGUUUGAUCAAGUUGAAGAUGCCAUCAGAGCAAUUGGUGCAGCCAAUAAGAAUAAAAUUAUUCUUAAUGAUGAAAUUUUAAAAGUGUCAUUUGACUUGACUCACAAACGAAAAAGAAGAAAGUUAAAUAAUUAUUUAAAUGAUGAUACAUUGAUUCAUAGACUCAAUGAAGAUUGUAUGAAAAAAAUAUUUUCAUAUUUAAAUGUUGAUGAAAGACUCAUACUAGAUGAAGUAUGUACUCGAUGGAUGGACAUCAGUGCAACAUCUUGGAGUGACAUCAAGACAUUCUCAUGGAAUGAAAUAAAAUGAAACAACAGAUUGACUAUUUUGAAAUUGUCAUGGACUUUGAGCGUAUAACAACAUCAUCAUCAUUCAUGAUUCCAAUUCGUGACAAUUGUUAUAAUUUAAAGACAUUAAAACUGAAAUUUACCGAGUGGAAUGAUAAAAAUUUUAGUCGUGGAUUUACAAAGAUGAAACAACUUGAUACUUUUACUAUGCAUAGUGAUAAUUACAUGUCACUUGGAUGUAUUUCAACUCUUCCAAAAACAAUUAAAAAUGUUUACAUGUUCAAGGAUCCAACACAGCUUCAUAAUAAUUUACAUAAUCGGCGUGCUAAUGAUGUACGUGCAAUUGAUAAAAUUAAAGAUGUAACAUCACUAACACUAAUUGGUCUUAAUUUAAUGUUACCAGUUAUUGAAUCAAUUAAUGGUAAAAAAAAUUUGGUUCAUCUGGAUUUAUCAUUUAGUCGUUUAAAUAUUCCAUCAAAUUUAUUGACAAAUUUAGAAAACCUUGAACAUCUUGAUCUUCAUAAGUCAAAAGGAUUUAUUGAUGAUUCAAUGUUUACAAAUGUUUCAAGCAAUUGUCCAAAGUUAAAGUACUUAAAUUUAAAUGAUUGUCAUAUUAAAUUGAGCACCAGAGGUCUUGAUGAAAUUGCAAAUUUAAGAAAUCUUGAAUUUUUGAUGAUAAAUACUAUUAGAAACCAAUUGAAUGGUUCAUCAUUUGCUAGAAUGAAGAAAUUAAAAGUUCUAGAAUGUAUUUGUUGUGUUAAUGUUAACAACAAUAAUAUCAUGGGGCUGUUGAGGAAUGCACCAGGUUUAAGAAGAUUGGUUGUUAUUCAUACUGGUAUAACUGGUAUAAUUAUGAAUGAUGUUGUAACACUUGGUAAUUAUCGUAAAAGUGAUGUUGGGUUAAAAAUUAUACUAAGCUCAUCUUCAAUGACAAGUUCUCAUGUACAACAACAACAAAUACCUCCUUGGUUGACAAUUCAAGAGGUUGAUUAUUACACUCAUGACAAUAAUUUAGUACCUGAAAUUGGUGAUGGUGGUAUUCCAAAUGAAGAAUAAUAGACGUACUAUUUUUUUAAAACAUGGAAAUUUAUUGAUUUGCUAUAAAGAUUAAAAAUUAAUUCGAAUUUAAAUAUAGCUUAUUUAUUCUUUUUUUAUUUUGGUACAUUGAUUGUUUGAUUAAAACGAGUAGUUAUUUAUUUUUUUUUUAGUAAUAUGAAGUAUCAUUUUGUUUUUUAUUUAAAUAUUAAAUCGAGUCAAUCAAACGAAAAAAUUACAGGAGUAUAAAUAUUGUUACGAUUUAAAUAAGUAUAUUUUUUUAUAAAAAUAUUAUAAAUAUUAUUGUUAUACCAACUCUUGUGAGGUAGUAAUAUAAAGAAAUAUAAAUAACUAGUUGAUUAUUUACGAUAAUUAUUACAGGUAAUAUUGAUGGAAAUUAAUUUAAAAAAAAAUUAAAAAAUGUAUCAAAUCAAUUUGACACAGUUGUUACAAUUCAAUCAAUUAAUAUUAAUUAUAAAUUUUCGUUCAUGUUAUUAUUUUAUAGAAUUAUUUGUCAUAUAGUUUUGUAAACAAAAUUAAUUAUUGACAUUGGAAAAAAAAAAAUAAAUUAUAAAUUUUCUUUACUUGUUGGUGAUUAUAUUUUCAAUUAAAAAAUUCAACAACAAAAAAAAUAAACUAUAAAUUUCAACUUAAAUUAUUAAUCUUAAAUUGAUAAUUAUUUUCAUGUCAAAAUUAGAUAAAUUAAAUUAACAAAAUGUUGAUUGAUUUGAUAAGAUAUCAACAAAUAAAAAAUAACAAAAGAUAUUAAAUAAAUUUUAAACC